GCCCUGUAUCCGCUGUCAUGGAUGCGACGUGGUACGGCAAGAAGAGCACAACCCACACGUUUGCCAAGACGCCGGCAGAUUAUGGAAUGGAGUUCGAAGACGUGACGUUCCCCGCACUGGAUGGCGUCCGAAUCUCGGCAUGGUACAUUCCGUGUGCAAGCAAGGCCUGCCAUACGCUUGCCAUCGUUGGCCACCAGUCGUGGUCCGAGGCGAACAGGGCUGGAUGUGUCGAGCACUUCAAGGGUGGCGCUUUGAAAGUGGAGGCCGUCGACUAUGUCAAGCUGCACAGGGUUCUUCACGAUGGCGGAUUUCACGUGCUCGCCUACGAUCUGCGCAACCACGGGCAGUCCGUCCAGGCCACCCCUGCUCAACCUGCCUCUGGAGUGUGGUCUGGCGGCUUCUCGUCAGUCGACGAAGAGGUUGACGCCAUGGUGCUUGGAGACUACUCUGGCAAAGGUGGGCGCAAGGGCAAGGGCAAGAAGGGAAAAGGCAAGGGUUUUGUGCUCGUUGGGGACGGCAAAGGCAAGCAGGCAGCGGCUCUUCCUGGAGAACAGUCUGGAGCGUUGCCACCUGGCCCUGUUCCUCGCCUGUCCGCCUCGGAGGCCAAGCAGCUCGCCGAGUUGCACGCCAAGGGGGGAGAAGAGCAGCUGGCUGCCAGGUACCGUGCCAUUGCGGCUUCACUGGGCAAGGCUGAGAGGGCCCCAGCCCCGUCCCUCCAGCAGCAGGUCCAGUCAGCCCACGCAGCUGUUCGUCGCAAAGAGCGUGCCUUGCAGGUCGAGCUUGCAAAGCUCAACAAGUGGAGGGCGGAGCUCGAAGAGCAGCGCAAGAAGGUGGCUGAGCUGCACGCUGAACUGGGUGAAGCAGAUGCGAACUACAAAAAGGUCGUGCUGGAGUUGCAGCAGCAGGUGCCUUCUGAGCCAGCUCCUGCUGCAGUGGCCCAAUUCACGCUCGAGCAGUUGGUGGACGGGUCGGUGUCCAUCGACCAAAUCAUCUCCACAAAUGUACUCGAGGCCGAUGACGACGCCUACGAGCUCGAGGAGCAAGAUCGCAAGGAGACUCAGCAGCGCAAGGGCGAGUUGUCUGGCAAGGUUCGCGAGGAAAAGUCGGAUCUGAUCGUUCGGAUGCCGGCUACGCUCUCCGACUUUGUUGCUGACGUGGAUCAGCUGAUUUCCGUCCUCGCCCCGCUCCUCGCUGAUGCUGCCAAGGAGUUCGCGAAGGAAAACAAGAUCCAGAUGGCGGUCACCCAGGAGCUUGGCUGCUCGCUGGCCCUCGACAAGGUCGGCUGCGUGUGCAGCCAUAAGUCCAUUGCGAGUCAGCUUGAGGAGCGGCUGGGAGAGUUGUGCGGCAAGCCCUCGGCCUCGGUGGUGAACCUAGGACCGCUCCACUACACUAUGAGAGCUCCCGCGUGUAAUGCUAUUUGGACGGCCAGCUCUGCGAAGCUGGCGGGCUACCAGAUCAGCGACCUCUGCCAGUUGUGCCGCGGGUCGGUGGACACUUUGCGGCGCCGCAUCUGGGAGUGCCCCUCGUGCGCGUCCGGGAGGCAGGAAAUCGCUGAUGCCGAAGUCCUGACUUGUGCGCUCGACACGGGGGCUGAGGAUUACGAGUUCCCUCGCUGGAUCUACGGGGCUUCCGGGCACCUUGGUGAUUAUUUCCUUAUGCCCGAGAGUAAUGGAGAAGUCUCGGUGCGCUGGGCGGUCCCUGAGGGGCAGGAUCAGGCGGCGUUCAGGCCCCUGCCCAGCCCGAGCCUCAAGGCGGCGCCCGUGCUGGUGGCCGCGGCGCUGCUGGAGCGGCUGCCGCCCCUGGGGCCUGAGGAGGCCCGUGCGGCGCCGUCCGCGCCCGAGGCAGGGCGCCGAGUCGGGCUCUGGUACCCACGCGACACGGUGUGGCGUAAGCGAGUGCUGCUCUACCUCGCGGGGUGCAUGUACUGGUGGGUGGUGACGCCGGGCGGCGACUGGUGCGCCGACGACGUGUCGGGUGCGGUCGGCGACGGCUGCAACAGGGCUUUCACCGUCGUGCCGGGUGGCACGGCGCCCGCCUUGGCCCAUGGCGCGUCCUACCGGUUUGCGCAGCCGCCGACAUGGGAGGAGCUGCGCGCCGCCGUGCUCAGGUCGAGGACUGACCAGCAGGUGCACGUUGGUGACGAGCCGCUGGUUGAAGCCGCGGAGGUUUACUUUCGUCCGGGAUCCGAGGUGGUGCUAGAGUCUAGCGGUGUCAGGCUGGACGACGACCACGCAAUGGUGAGGGAGGUCGGCGUUUGGCAGCUCGCGGAGGCAAUCCCCGUCGGCGCGGCGGACACCUUCGGAGACAGGCGCCCGAGGGAGCUGCUCGGGCUGGUCGAGAGGGACCUGCCCGCCGACGUCGUCCGCGAGACCAAGAAGUACACGUUCGAGGACUGGCCGCUUGAGGACGGCCUCAGCACGGUGGAGCACAUGGCGAAGCGCUGGCUGAGCCAGACGGACCGCAGCUACAUCGAGAUGAAGUGCCUGCUCACAUCGAUCUUCCACGCGGGAAGCUACUACCAGGUCAACCUACCCAGUAUGGCCAGCAUUGAAGUGUUGUGUCUUCGUGUGCCGCAGAUCGUCGAGGCCUACUCGGGCGAUCCCCACCAGCCCCCGAUGUGGGGCGGGCUGCGGCGCUACAUGGGCGUGGCAGGCCCGAUGGAGCUGACUGACCCAGCCUUGAGGACGGACCGCAGUCUUCCGCCGCAACAAGGAGGAGAUGGAGCUGGACGGGCGCGGUGGGAGGCUCACCGCGCCCGAGGGGGCAUGACUGCUCCCGCCGGCGGGUUUGGGCGUCCCGCCGGUAGCGCGCAGCCCAGUUGUGAAGUCGGGGUGGACCUGCUGUCGGUGUUCCCCCUGCCGAGGCUGAGCGACCAUGAGAGGGAUUGGCCGCGGCUCCAGGGCCGUGGGGCUGCUCGGCUCGCCAGGCGGGCCCGCCAGGACUUCGACGAGGUCGUCGACGCCAUGAAUUGGUUGAUGAACCGCACCUCCACAGGCGACAUGCCGAAUUUUGACCAGAUGAAGGUGCACGCGCGGAUCCUGGAGUGCGUGGCUGAGUGCAUGCCGCCGAUGGGGACCGCGAUCCCUUCCCCGCGAUCGGCCUUUUCUGAGCUGCUGCACGGCCGCAGCGUCUACGACGAGUCGGCCGGACGGAACGUCGGGCGUCUUCGCAAUGUGGGGCAGAUAUCUUUACCUAAGACCGCGUGCGAUGCCAUUCCUCACUUGGACCCUUCUCUGGCUCGCAACCGCAGACUCUACGUCCGCCUGGUGGCGCCCCUCUACGCCAAGGGCCUUCUGGUGCUCCUGGGCGAGAGUGAGCGGCGCGAGGACGUCGGGGUCUUUUUCCCGGACCUCGGUUUCACGCUGGGCACCUCCGACAUCAGCGACGCCUUCCAUCGUUUCAGGAUCGACCGUGGGCUCUCCUCCUAUGUCUGUCUCCGCCCCGUGACAGCGCAGGAGAUCGGGGUGACGGGCAGGGCCAUCGGGGGCGGCGCCGCGCCUCCCGACCGCCGCCUGGUGCCAGCCUGCGCCGCCCUGCCGAUGGGGUUCACCUGGUCGCUCUAUUUCUGCCGGGAGGUGGGCGACGCCGUCAUGGACGCCACGCCCGGACUGGAGCGGGCCCACCGCAUGAGCGACCGGGGCCCGACGACAGCGCUUCGGCCGUCGGCCCAGCUGGCCGAGGGAGGAGGCGCUCAGUAUACGGACGUCGACAACCUCGGGGUGAUGGGCUUCGACGGCGCAGAGGUGUCCUCGAGCCUCGCCGCCGCCGCCACGAGGUUCGACGCCGCGGGCCUGAAGACGCACGAGACGGACAUUCAGAGGGGCCGCGGCGUGACGCUGGGCUGCGUGCUGGACGGAGUCUCGCUUACCACCGGGCUCACGGCCAAACGCUACUGGCGGGCGCGACAAGGUGUCUCGUGGGCCCUGAGCUGCAGGGCCCUGCCAGGCUGGACAUGGGAGAUCGUCCUCGGCCAUUGCACUUGCUGCGCCAUGUGCAACCGGGACCUCCUCCGGAUCCUCCCGGUCUUCAAUGCGAUGUGCAAGUUCAUAGCGGCCCACUACCAGGAGGCCGCGCCGCUCUGGCCCACGGCGCGGGCCGAGAUGGUCGCCUUCCGAGGCCUGAUGCCCUUGCUGCGCGGCGACUGGACGCCCCCGCGGCGCCCGCUGGUCUGCCUCUCCGACGCGUCGGAGCACGGCCACGCGGUGAGCGCCUCGCUGUUCGAGCCGGCCGCUGUGAGGGAGAUCGGACGGGCGCAGGGGCGACCCCGUUUCCGCCGCCUGGGCGGCCAUUCCGCUCGGGCCCACUUCUUCGCCAGCAACGGCAUCGUGAUGACCAGUGCAGGGACGUUCAAAGAUGCCGCCGAUCUUGGUGAGCAUGACGAGGUCGCGCCCCAGACUCAGUGGGGGCUUGACAGAACUUUCAAAGAGAUGGCAGUGGAGAUCUUCUCAGGGUCCCGCUGGACUGAGAUAGUCGCCCGUGGGUGGCAUAAUACUUCGGAAGACAUUCUGGUCUACGAAUCACGUGCCCUCCUGCGAGCUGUAGAGGUAUUGUGCAGCCUGUCACCGCGAGAGGGCGAGCAUGCCGUCGUCAUGAGCGACAACCUGCCCGCAGUGCUGUGCUUUGAGAGGAGGAGAGCGAAACACUUUACUGUCCUCGCAUGCAUUCGUCGGGCUGUCGCCCUGUGCCUCUCCCUCAACAAGCGCCUGCACGUGAGGUGGGUCCCGAGCGAGCUCGACCCGAGUGACGAGGGCUCUAGGCUGCGCGACCCGAGCUGCGACCCUGGUAAGACCCUGGUGCACUCUUGGGAGGCUUCUGAGGACUACGGCAAAGUACCAGCGAAUCGUAGGCUACCCCUGCAUGUACAUGAGCAAGACAAUGCACACACCAAGACGACGCACUACUGCAAGCACGUCGAUACGGAGAACUGCAAGCACGACAAGUUUGACAAAUAUGAGAGCACGAGCAAGCACACAGUCAUGGACCUCACCAGUACCUCAGCCACUACGAGCACGAGCCCCAGAACAGCCCCGCAGGCCCUCGACGAGCCCACCGAGACCCCCGGCACUCCAGACCCUCAGGACCUCCACGAGCCCCAGGGGAGCCAGCCUGCCGCCGUCGCCACCUCGGCUCCCGAGUGCGCCCCUGCGGGGGGGCCCCGGCGACCCGCCGCGGCGGUGGGCGAUCGGGGGCGCGACGACCAGCGCGCCCAUGGCCCGCUUGCGAAGCGCUCGCAGGUGCUGUCGCCCGGGCCGGAGGGCCUGCCGAGUGGGCCACAGGCGCCAGCCAGUCAGACGCGGGCGCUGGGAGCGCCUCGGGACAGCGUGCGGCAGCGGCCCACCCUGGCCCCGCCCGCCUCAAGGGCUGCGGCGCGCGACCUAGAGGCGAACUGCAGCCCGACGGGCGACGGCGAGGGCAGCGGCGCCACGACCGUUGCCAAAGAGGCAGAGGCAGCUCGCACCCGUCAGCUCCGCCAGACGGCCCGGCACCACGCCCGGGCAGAGCGCCAGCUCGUCGUGGACAGCGAGGUGGACGACGUGCUUGCGCACUACAUGAACGGGCUAUGCGAGCCGGGCCAUCACUCGAACAAGGGCGACGCACUGCUGUCGGCCUUGCUGCACCUCCAGCCCCAGCAUGGCAAGCUGGGGAGAUCGCGCCCCCGCCGGGCCUGGCGAUGCCUGAAGGGGCGGCGCCAGAGAUGCAAGCGGCGCUCAAGGAACCCGGUCGCCCGCGUGGUGUGGUCAGCUGUCGUCUGGGACCUCUGCUGCCGAGGGUGCUGGCUCACGGGUGCGCACAUCCUGUGGAUGAUCGUGGCGCACCGCCGCCCAGGCGAGCCGCUCGCAAUCCAGCGCCAGGAUCUCAUCCAGCCAGCAGAGGGGAGCUCGAACGAUUGGGGGGCGCUGCUGUUCUCGCUGUCAAGGGCGGCCACCCACGAGAUGCUGGGCCUACAGAACCGCCGCGGCGAUCACAGGGAGCUGAAAAAGCCAGGCGGCCGGCAAUGCAAGAGCUCGCUCAAGAGAUACCAGAACGCCGCCGGGCUGAACCUCUCUGCUCCCCGCCUGCUGCCUAGGCAGGUGGCUGCCCCCCGAAAGGCGGACCAGUAA